AUGGGCAACGCCAGCUGGAGGAGCCAAGCCUCCUCCGAGGAUACGGACUCCUCACUACAAGGGGACCUUGAGGAUGAUUACUCAGACUCGCAGCGGUCCCAUCUGUCCUCAUUUACCAUGAAGCUGAUGGACAAGUUCCAUUCUCCCAAGAUCAAGAGGACUCCAUCCAAGAAAGGCAAGCAACUGCAACCCGAGCCCGCCGCCAAGAGCGCUGAAAAGCCUGCCAACAAGAAGGUGAGUCGACUGGAGGAGCACGAGAAAGAGGUGGUGAGCGCCCUUCGCUACUUCAAGACAAUCGUGGACAAGAUGGUGGUGGAGAAGAAGGUUCUGGAGAUGCUCCCCGGUUCGGCCAGCAAAGUGCUGGAAGCCAUUCUGCCUCUAGUUCAGGGGGAGGCCCGCAUACAGCAUAGUUCAGCAUUGUCUUCCUGCCACAACCGGGUGUACCAGAGUCUGGCUAACUUGAUCCGCUGGGCCGACCAGGUAAUGCUGGAUGGCAUCGACCUGGACGACAAGGAGAACGUGACGUCGGUCACCAACGUCAUCAAAGCGGUACUGGACGGCGUCAAGGAGCUGGUGAAGCUGACCAUUGAGAAACAAGAGCAGCCGUCGCCCACUGGAUCCAACAAGCCGGCACCACCCAUCAUUACAGCAGAGAGCAGCGCACCUUCAGAGGUGCCCUCAAUAGAGCGGGAGUCGGAGGUGACGAAGAAAGCUCCAGUGGCAGCUCCUGCCGAGGCACCCUCGGACGCACCCGACGAGGAAAUAGCCCCUCCGAAACCUCCCCUCCCUGAAGCCAAGAUGGCAGAACUCAGAGCACAGUUGAGUUGUGACGGUGGCCAAAGGAAGCCCACUCUCAAGGAGAACCCUCCGCCGGCCCUCCCGCCCAAGAAGCGUCAGUCGGCCCCUUCACCAACGCGGGUGGCAGUGGUCGCCCCCAUGAGCCGGGGAUCCAGUUUGCCAUGCAGCGUCCACAGACAGCAGCACGAUUACGAGCAGGAGUUUGUCCAGCGGCGCUUCUCGGGAGGCAGCCAGUCUUACGGCGGGGACUCCCCGCGCCUGUCCCCUUGCAGUAGCAUGGGCAAGCUCAGCAAAUCGGAUGAACAGCUUUCCUCCAUGGAGCAGGACAGCGGCCAGUGUUCUAGGAACACCAGCUGCGAGACGCUAGACAACACAGAAAACUACGACCCCGACUACGACUUCCUCCACCAGGACCUCUCAGUCGGGGAAAACCUGCCCGCUAUCCCAACGGGCGGUUGCCUCAGCCCGCUGCCGGAGUCGCAAAGCGAGUCGUCUUCGCCGGUCCCCGGGCAGCAGCCAUCACAACCUCGCUUCAGCGCGCCACCGCCAGAGUACUGGACGCCACAACCCGGCCACCUCAACCCACUCUCGCGCAUUAGUGCGCCGCCCGCUUUGCCCCAGAAAAAGCGGCGCAGCACGCAGACGCCGCCCUUCCCCGACGGGGGCUCCAAGGUGUACGAGCGCUACCCUUCCCAGUACGACAACCUGUCCGAAGAGGAACCGCCACCCUUUCCGCUUUUCACGCCCAUCUCGCCCAUGCCGCAGACCAACGGCGGUGUUUUUGUCGCGCACUAUAUUUGCGCUGACAACGCCGACGUGUCCGCUAGCCCACCUCCACUCCCGGAAAAGAAAAGUAAACACAUCUUGCAGUACAUGCAGUUUGUGGAGGAUUACUCGGAGCCGCAGCCGUCUGUCUUCUACCAGAUGCCGCAGAGCGAGAGCAUCUACGAGCAGCGUAACAAGCGCUUCCAGGAGGUCUAUGGUUUCAAUGACUCCUUCAGCAGCACCGACUCGGUCCACGAGCCGCUCCUGCCACCUGCACUGCCGCCCAAGCAACGACAACUGGCCUCCCACUCCUCUUCCCCUUCUUCUUCUUCCUCUUCUUCGCUCUCCUGCCACCUCCAGCCGUCAGUAGCGGCCAUGGAGGAGGCGGGCUCUGGGCUCGGGCUCAGCAUGUCCAUCUCUAACUCCUACCUGAUUGGCCAAGCCGCCUUGACCACGCCCAUGAGUGUGGACCGGGCCGGUUUGACCGACGCCACCAUUCCAGACGACGAGCGGGGAGGCCCCCCAUCGGGCUCGGCCCCGUCCGAGUCGCCACUCGGUGAAUCGCUUCACGUGAGCGAGAGUGCAAAUGACGAGGGUGGGGAGGGCGAGUAUGUCAACUUGUACUCGUCCAGCCAGGCCAAUGGCGAGCUGCCUCUCUCCCUCAGAGAAACCGUCACGGCUGACGAUGUGCUCCGAGACCCCGCCCCUCUUUCGCCAUCAGCAAAUAGCAAAGAAGCCAAGGAAGUGGAGAGGAGGCAAAAGUCCGCCGAGUCGACAGAGGACAGCGAGGAAAAUGUGGACGAGCUCUCUCUCAUCGACCACAAGGAAAUCAUGAGCAGGCUAACGCUAAAACAGGAAAAUGACGACGGACCGGAUGUGCGCGCUGGCUCGGGAGACAUUUUAUUAGUCCAUGCCACAGAGACGGACCGCAAAGACCUGGUUUUAUACUGCGAAGCUUUUUUGACCACGUAUCGGACCUUUAUAAGCCCUGAGGACCUCAUCAAGAAACUACACUACAGAUACACAAGCUUUUGUCACAGUCCAGACACGUUCAAGAAGCGCGUCAGCAAGAACACCUUUUUCGUUUUGGUGCGUGUGGUGGAUGAACUCUGCCUGGUGGAACUGACAGAGGACAUCCUGAAGCAGCUGAUGGACCUGGUGUUCACACUGGUGUGCAACGGGGAACUAAGCCUGGCUCGGGUCCUGCGCAAGAAUAUCCUGGACAAGGCGGAGCAGAAGAAGCUGCUGCGCUACACCAACUCACUCAAACCGCUGGCCGCCCGCGGCGUCUCGGCCAGGCCCGGAACGCUGCACGAUUUCCGCAGUCACGAGAUCGCCGACCAACUCACGCUUCUUGACGCCGAGCUAUUCUACAAGAUUGAGAUUCCCGAGGUGUUGCUUUGGGCCAAAGAGCAAAACGAGGAGAAGAGUCCCAACCUGACGCAGUUCACAGAGCACUUUAACAACAUGAGCUACUGGGUGCGCUCAUUAAUCAUUCAGCAAGAAAAAGCCCAGGACCGAGAGAAGCUACUGCUCAAGUUCAUCAAGAUCAUGAAGCACUUGAGAAAGUUAAACAACUUCAACUCCUACCUGGCCAUCCUGUCCGCGCUGGACUCUGCACCCAUUCGUAGAUUGGAGUGGCAGAAACAGACGUCAGAGGGAUUGGAAGAGUACUGCACGUUGAUCGACAGCUCGUCGUCCUUCCGAGCGUACCGGGCCGCUCUAGCCGAAGUGGAGCCUCCCUGCAUCCCGUAUCUGGGUCUUAUCCUGCAAGACCUGACCUUCGUCCACUUGGGCAACCCCGACCUCAUCGAUGGCAAAGUCAACUUUUCCAAGCGGUGGCAACAGUUCAACAUCUUGGACAGCAUGCGUCGCUUCCAGCAAGUGCACUACGAGCUGAAACGCAACGACGACAUUGUCUCUUUCUUCAACGACUUCAGUGACCACCUAGCCGAGGAGGCGCUUUGGGAGCUGUCGCUAAAAAUCAAGCCGCGAAACAUCGGUCGACGCAAGACCGAGCGGGAUGAGAAGACUUAA